GUGGUGAGGACUUUGACCAGCGCGUCAUGGAGCAUUUCAUCAAGUUGUACAAGAAGAAGAAGGGCAAGGAUAUCAGGAAGGAUAACCGUGCUGUCCAGAAACUUCGUCGUGAGGUUGAGAAGGCAAAGAGAGCCCUUUCCUCCGCUCACAGUGCCCGUCUGGAGAUUGAAGGAUUCUUUGAUAACGAGGACUUCUCUGAGGUGCUCACCCGUGCCAAGUUUGAGGAACUCAACAUG